GGAGUUCACCGCCACUGACUUCAGCCAGCAAGUGCAAAAACAAUCUUGGCUGCCUCAGCUGCAACCUGCGGCAGUUUUUCCUUCAGUUUAUCGCUUAGAAGAUUUGUGCACCCGGGGCUCCUCCAGCCCUUCCCAGACCCGAGCCGUGCGGCUCCCUCUCUGGGUUCUGCGUAGUGAAAAGUGUGCAUGUCACUGUGGGGUGUGUGUGUUAGAGGACAGAAGAGAAAUGGAGAGAGACUAAUCAGCUCUUGGGCCUCAAUUUCAGCAUCCUUCAGCCUGCAGCUUCUAUUGCCAGCCUGAAGUCUCCUGAUAUAACAGCUCCAAGAUGAGGUCUCCUCAGAAAAUCCUUACGACUGCUCCUCUGUUUCUUCUCCUGACCCUUCACACCUUGGUCUCUUCGGGCUAUGACAACUGGCCUGACAGCAGACACUCCAAUAGCCAUUACUGCAUAGGGUGUGUGCUGGUGGUGUCUAUGAUUGAACAGUUCACUCAAGUUCACAACUCGACGGUCCAGACCUCAAUGGAGAGACUGUGCAGCUACUUGCCUGAAAAACUGUUCUUGAAGACCACUUGCUAUUUAGUGGUACAUAUAUUUGGACCAGACAUCAUAAAACUAUUCAGAGCACACAUGAAUGCUGAUGUGGUGUGUCACACCCUGGAGUUUUGUAAACAGGAUCCUGGCCAACCCUUGUGUCACCUCUAUCCCCUUCCCAAGGAGGCAUGGAAAUUUACCCUUGAGAAGGCCAGACAGAUUGUCAAGAAAUCCCCAGCUCUGACAUACUCCAGAAGUGGUUUUGAUAUUUGUUCAUUCCCAUUUUUGGCCAAGAUCUGUCAGAAGAUUAAACUAGCUAUACAAAAUUCAGUGCCAUUGAAAGAUGCAGAUUCAGACAAAUAUAGUGAUUUCCCAACACUGCGAGGCUUUCACUGGCGAGGGAGAGAUUGCAAUGACAGCAAUAGGAUGGUAUACCCAGGCAGAAGGCCAGACAACUGGGACUCAUAUCAAGAUUCAAACUGUAAUGGCAUUUGGGGUGUGGAUCCAAAAGAUGGAAUCCCAUAUGAGAAGAAAUUCUGUGAAGGUUCACAGCCCAGGGGAGUCAUUUUGCUGGGAGACUCAGCUGGGGCUCAUUUCCACAUCCCUCCUGACUGGAUCACAGCUUCGCAGAUGUCUUUGAAAUCCUUCUUCAAUUUACCAAUAGCUCUUACCAAUGAGCUUGACUGGCCCCAGCUAUCUGGUACUACUGGAUUUCUGCACUCCACCAGCAGAAUUAAAGAAAACUCUAUUUACCUUCUUUUACGGAAAAGAAACCACUGCAAUCACAGGGACUAUCAGAAUAUUUCCAAAAAUGGUGCAUCCUCCCAAAACCUGGAGAGAUUUAUAGAAACUUUAUCUAGGAACCAGCUGUUGGACUAUCCAGCCAUUGUCAUAUAUGCCAUGAUUGGAAAUGAUGUCUGCAGUGGGAAUAUUGAUCCUCUCCCAGAAAUGACCACUCCUGAGAAAUUGUACUCCAAGGUCAUGCAGACUCUGCAGUAUCUAGAUUCCCACCUGCCAAACGGCAGUCAUGUUAUUUUAUAUGGCUUACCAGAUGGAAGAUUUCUCUGGGAUCAGUUGCAUGACAGAUAUCAUCCUCUUGGCCAGCUCAACAAGGACGUGACCUACGCGCAUUUCUACUCCUUCCUGAACUGUCUCCAGGUCAGCCCCUGCCACGGCUGGAUGUCUUCCAACAAGACGCUGCGGAAUCUCACUUCAGAGAGAGCAGAACAACUCUCCACAACGCUGAAAAAAAUUGCAACCAGUCAGAAAUUUAUGAACUUCGACCUUUUCUACUUAGAUUUCGACUUCCAAAAAAUUGUGAAGAAGUGGCAAAAGAGAGGUGGGCAGCCCUGGCAGCUCAUUGAACCCGUGGACGGAUUUCACCCUAAUGAGGUGGCUUCACAGCUGUUUGCAGAUCUCUUCUGGGAGAAGAUGCAGCGCCAGUGGCCCCACGUCCUGGGAAAGGAGAAUCCAUUCAAUCCCCAGAUUGAGCAGGUGUUUGGAGACCAAGGGGGGCACUGAGGCCCCAAGGACAUGUGCUUCUGGGGAGGCAGCAACUUGGGUAAACUCAUUCAACAAAUGGUUAUAGGGGCUGCUUGUCACAAACUCACAGGACCCUCUAUAGCAGGAUCUUGUUUUUCUCUCAUUUGAGAGCUCAUCUAAAUAAUGGUGUGACUCUGUGCUUCCAGGAUCAGUGCCCCUGUAGCCCUCAAGUGACCUUGAAUAAAGUGCUUUGGGUGCCAUUCCGAGUGACAGAGUAUCUGUCUGUGCCCUUGAGCGGCUAGUUGUUCUAAAAAAUAAAUAAGAACUCAGCUUGAGUGACGUUCAGCAACUUACCCAGGGUCUUGGUAUGUCAGGAAGUGACACUCCUUCUGUGGCUGACUCCUUAAAGAUGGCUCUUCCCAGGAAGGCUGCUGGCUGGCUGCCAAGGCCUCUCACACCAGAACACGAAACUACAAGCACAAAAUUAGGUACAACUUGAAUACUUAUUUAGAAUGAGACAAGAAAUCACAACAAAUUACAAAUUUUUAGAAGUUAACAAAUAUAAGCUCCUCAAAGUCUAGGGGAAAAAUGACAACUUUUCUUUAUUUAAAAGAUUUUCUUACAUUCUUUGGCUAUAUAAUCUGAUCGCCUCUUCCUAUAAUAAUGAUGUUGUAAUAUGAUUGUUUAUAGAUAGAACAGAAAAAACUUUUUCUUAUUAUUGAUAUUUAUAAGAGUUUCUUCAGCUAUACAACUCACCACUGGCAAAGUUGUAUAAAUUUCUACAAUGGUUUUCAAACUGGGAAGACCUCAAUCAAAUUCCUUUUGUGGAGGGGUCAUUAAAGACACACACCCUUUUUGUAGUGCUGGUAAAGCUUUCUGUUCACAUAAGCACACAUAUAAGAAUUCUGAUAAAUUCUAUUGCACAUCCUUCUCAUCAAUGUGUCACUUUCCCAGCGCUGAUGGAUAUGGGGGUCCGUGUAUGUGUGGCACCAGCAUUACACCUCAGAGCAGGCCUGCCUUUCUACAUUCUGCCCUUAGGAGCUUUCUUGGCACAGCCCAAAAUGUGGGCAAGUUCCGGCCAGGGUCCUCAGGGACGGGUGAAUAAAGGCUCCAAUCUCUUCAUUUAGUGCUCAGUUUGGGAAUAUAUUCUGUGUGCUUCUCAGGGGGUCUUGACAGAAUCAGCCUCGUUUGCUUACAGGAGCCAUCGCCUUACAUGACUCUUCUUCCUUCCUUGUGUCAUUUUCCUCACUUCUCCUUUCCCACUUUUGGGGAUUGCUCCCCAAAUAAACCGUCUGCACAUAAAUUUUUGUCUUAAUAAAGGUGAAGUUAUAAUGACA